UCAGUGAUCAAGCAGUGGUGAUAAAACAUAUACAUCGAUGAAAUAGUGGAUUUAGACUUCGAGGCAAGAAUACAGUGAUAGACAGUAUGUGCAGACAAUGGUUCUGAACGCACGCCACUAAAACAAUAAGAACAAAACCAGCGCUGACAUUUUAAUAUUUAGUAACAAUGCAAUGUAUUUAUGCAGCUAUAAAAACUGUCAUCAACUUACGAGUGAUUGCAAAUCCCCUUGGGUUCAAUAUGAAUUUUAAUUAUUAAGAGCUAACUAAAAGCGCGUACAACCUGAGAAGCCGCGCAAAUUAUUGGUCCCGCUUUUUUAUUUGUAGUGAAAAGCAAAUACCAAAGGAAAUCAGCAUUCGCAUUGGUCGGCCGCAAUUCUAAGUAACCUUGAAGCUCAGGUUAAAAACUUUUCUAUUAAUCGUCGCAACAUUUCCAUUCCAAACGCUCUACAAAGAUGGCAAAAAUCAAACUGAAAUCAUUUUAUUACGGCCAGCUUAAUUUGCUUUUGAUGAUUUUCUGUAUCUACCCGCCCAAUUUGUCGCUGGCCAGAAGUUUGGGUGACAGUCAGGCACCUAACUUACGAACCCCUCAAGUGGUCAAUAUCACCCUAAGCCCGAGUGUUAUACUCACCAAAAGUGUGCUUGCGCCGAAUACAGACGUACGUUUGACGUGCUUGCUUAAAGGGCCCAUUAAGUGGUACAAGGAAGAUGAGUUCCUGAGCGCUAACCGUCUCCUGGUGUUGAAGGAAGUUCAACGGAAAGAUGCGGGUGUGUACAGUUGCCAGGCGGAACAAGUGCCAUUAGGCCCAAAGUACGUUAGUGUCGCAUUGAAAGUGGUUGAACCUGAACUAUCUAGUCGCCCAACUGAUGUCGAAGAAGACAUAGCUGAUUUUAGUAAGGUUGAAGACGAAGCAGAAGCACGACUGCGCUUGGAUCGAGGUGAUGUUGAUUCGGCGGAGGAAAUCAUCGAAGAGGAGCCCCAACUAAACUUCUCGAAAGGUAGCAACAACACGGCUUUAAAAAUUGUGCAUCUGCCAAAUCCUGGUCCACCACAUUUUCAGCAACGAUUCAAACUUGCAGAUAGCCUAGAACAAGCACUUGGGAGCUUUGCGCAAUUGAGCUGCCCCUCGUUGGGCAAUCCGUUACCAAUCAUCACUUGGUGGCACAAUAACACAAGAAUGGAUCUAACCCCAUUGCGUUUUAGGCUAAAAAAAUGGUCACUUUUUAUUGAGAAGCUGACCACAGCAGACUCGGGCACCUAUACAUGUAAAAUCAGUAAUAAAUUCGGUACUAUUGAACAUAGUAUAAAAUUGACUAUUAUCGGUCAGCUACACUCUGAAAAACCACUCAUUGUGAAUAAUACACCAACUAAUCAAACGGUUAUAAAGAAUAGUAGCUCGCGGUUCGAGUGCCAAGUUGAGUCCCCGACCGCAGUUCGAAUUCGUUGGAUCAAGCAUAAAAACAGCCUCAAAGAGGAACCGAAUUUGAACUUUGCGAACAAUUCGAAUAUAAUUGAAUUGCCAACGAAUGCAGAAAAACCAGAGAUUUUAAAUAUAAUGCAAGCGAGUUCGGAAGAUGAAGGUUUUUAUACUUGUAUUGUGACGAAUGAUGAUGGCGAUACAAUGGCCACAGCUUAUUUGCAAGUAGUAGAACCAAAAAGUACUACCGCAACACCUAAAACUAAAACCAUAUUUCUAGAUAAGCGCACUGCUCAUUCAUCGGAAAGCUUAAGUGGAUUAACCCCGGAAAAGGAUCACGAUAAGCUUGCAACGGUUAUUGAUGUGGAUGUGGAUGGGAAGGAUGGUGCUGAUACUAAUGAUGAAUCAGAGGCAAUAGAAGAGAGUGCACCACGUUUCAAAAAAGCGGACAAACUCAUUCAAACUCUGCACAAACCAGCAGGUUCCACAAUACAAUUGCUUUGUCCUGCCAAUGGCAAUCCCAUGCCAAACGUAACAUGGACGCGCAGCACUGGUGACAAAAAUUUCACUGAGAUUAUGCGCCAUAUAGGUAAAGUCACUUACAAAAAAUGGUCGAUGCAAAUGGACGAAGUUAUUGCCGAGGACUCGGGCGUCUACAAGUGCACGGUUUGUAAUAAGCUGGGUUGCAUAGAUCAUUCCACAAAACUGACUAUAAUGGACCGUUUACGUUCUCGUCCUAUUCACAGUGACAAAUUUCCACAAAAUCAAACUGUCUUAACCAAUAGCAGCGCAUACUUUGAGUGCCGCGUCGUAUCGGAUCUGGAGCCACAUAUAUUCUGGGUACGGUACAAUCGGGCAAAUGAAAGUAUUGACAAAUUGGAGCGCAUGUUUGCUAAUUCAAACGUCAACGCUUAUCAGCCAUCAGCAAAAGAUUUCAUAAAACUUUCCGGCGAACCAGACAAACCGAAUGUUCUUCGUUUGGAAAAUGUUACACACGCGGACGAAGGCUGGUACACUUGUGUAGCAGCGAGUAACUUAGGCGAGUCAAUGGCGAGUGCUUACUUGCAUGUGGUUGACAAAUUGCCAAGUCGCGAAGUAUAUAUGCUGUGGCGCGCGCAUCCUGUCUGGAUGACUGUGGCGGCAAUAGUGAUUGUGUUGCUGUUCCUUUUCGGUUCCAUCUUCAUAAUUUACGUAUUGCGUAAGCUGAAACAUGAGAAAUUGCUGAAGCAUCGCAUCGAGACAGUUCACCAAUGGACGAAAAAAGUUAUUAUCUACAAACCGUCUUCUUCCGAGAAUAACUCCUCCGAUCUGCAAAUGCCUGUGAUCAAAAUUGAAAAACAACGUACUACCUUUCAAGCCUCUACCUUGGAUCCUUCGCAAGCUUUUAAUGAAUAUGAAUUUCCGCUUGACUCCAACUGGGAGAUACCGCGUACACAACUAAACCUAGGCUCGACUUUGGGCGAAGGCGCUUUCGGACGUGUAGUUAUGGCAGAAGCGUGCAAUUUGCCACGCACUGUCAAUAAUUCUUCGAGCAUAGUUGCGGUGAAAAUGGUAAAAGAAGAGCACACUGAUGCGGACAUGGCGAGUUUAGUAAGAGAAAUGGAAGUAAUGAAAAUGAUCGGAAAGCAUAUUAACAUCAUUAAUUUGUUGGGCUGUUGUACGCAGAGUGGACCGCUUUGGGUAAUCGUCGAAUUUGCGCCUCAUGGCAAUUUAAAAGACUUUCUGAAAAAGAAUAGACCAUUGUUUGUGGGUAGUCCCAGUUUACAGCGCAGCAGUGACUGCCUGGAAGAUAUGCCACAGCUAACAGAGAAGAAUUUGGUUUCAUUUGCAUUUCAAAUUGCUCGUGGAAUGGAAUACCUUGCUUCGCGUAGGUGCAUCCAUCGCGACUUGGCGGCUCGCAAUGUUCUAGUGAGCGACGACUAUGUUAUGAAGAUUGCCGAUUUUGGGCUGGCGCGCGACAUACAAGACACAGACUAUUAUAGGAAGAACACCAACGGUCGUUUACCCAUCAAGUGGAUGGCGCCUGAGUCGCUACAAGAAAAGUUUUACGACUCGCAAUCGGACGUAUGGUCCUAUGGUGUAUUAUUGUGGGAGAUUAUGACCUUUGGAGAGCAGCCAUAUCCUAAUAUAAUGUCUGCGGAGGAGCUCUACAGCUACCUAAUUACUGGUCAGCGGAUGGAGAAGCCGGCACGGUGUUCACUUAAUAUUUACAUGCUAAUGCGGCAGUGUUGGCAUUUUGACGCCAACAUACGACCGACAUUUGGUGAGAUUGUUGAGAAUUUAGAUAAAAUUCUUCAGCUGGCGUCAAAUCACGCCACAAAUGAAGAGUAUUUAGAUCUAUCUAUGCCAAUGCUCGAGACACCACCAUCAUCGAGUGAUGAUGAAUCCGAACCGGAGACAUUUCAAGAAACGUCCCCGUUGCGCUAUCAAUACACAUACAAAUUUAAUUAGAUAAUAGCAUUUAUGAAUUAUACAAAAUGUGUAAAGCAAAGUAAGGCUUAAACAUACUAAUACAACCUAGUUUUGUUAAUAGAAUCAAAUAACCUCAUUCAAAUUUUAUACUUAAGCGAAAAAGACUUAACCCUACGCAUGUUAGCUGCUUUGAUCUAAAUUUUGAUUACUAGUUAGACUUUAAGGAAAAUUGUGUUUAGAGUACGAAAUUAGUUUUAGUUGUAAUUUAAGUCUAUUCUAAACAUAUUUUUACAGUUAAGAAAGAAUUAGGCAACUUUAUUAAGACUAUAAAUAUUUGUGUACUUUUUAAGCUUUAUUUUGAAAGAUAUUUUCAGAAGUAUUUUAUUUAUUUUACUUUACAAAAUACUCUAAACUCCAAAGCAACCAAAAACUAGAAAUGAACUAGAUUUAUAUUGACGUACAUAAUUCACUCAUUCAAAAUGCUUACUUUUGAGAUUUGUAUUUAUUGUGAGCCUUGAGCCAUUCUACGACUAGUUAAGCUAAUUGUUUCAUUAUGAGAUUAUAAUAAAGUGCCAUUUGAGUACUGAGUUCGUAUAAGAUCUUAAA